UUCUACCUCUUCUUUAGGUUUAUCCUUUUCUUUUCUCUUGUUUUCUCACUCACUCUGUUUUCCUUUCCCCCUUCUCUCUCCCGACUGUCUCCGCCCCCACUUUAACUUCCACUGUAUCUUCCUAGUCACCGUUUAUUUGUUUAUUUAUUUCUAAUUAUUAUGCUGUUAUUUCGCAGUGUUACAAAUUCCGAUACUUAGCGUGAGUAUAUAAUGUAAGAGGUGCGCCUGUUAACUGCAUUAGCGAAGUUAACGAUGGCCAGUACGACGGGGCCUUCUGGUUCCGUCGUUACUCGGUCUCCUGCCAAGUCAGGUAAUAAGUCGAUUCCAUCGAGUCCCAAAUAUUCUGAAUCAAGGAACCGACAGAAAAACAAGAGUUCACCGAAGAAAUCAAACGAAGCUGCUUCGUCUUCUUAUCGGAAUUCCGAUAACUUUUCUAGAGAUGUAAAUACCAACUCGAGUUCGAACCGCAACGAUGUCACAAAAGGCCAACGAAUGCAAAAUAAAAAAGGCAAAAAGACUGGCGAUUCAAAAAUAAAAAUGAAAUUUUUUAACUGCAUGAAAUAUAUGAAAUCCUGGUUGUUUUGGUUUAGCAUCAUUGUUGCUGUAGUUGCUAUUUUGUACAAGAAAUCAAUUGACAAAUUGAACUACGAAAAUGCCAAGCAAGAACUUCUGGCCAGCGUAGGAGAGGCGGGACUGAAGUUGUUCGACCAAUAUGACUUGGACGAAGACGGUUAUUUGUCUUUAAAUGAAUUUAUUCCGAUUACCCACAGAUUAAUUGACGUCAGGGUUCCAUUCGAGUAUAAUUUCCAGUUUGAUGUUGAAGAUGAAGCAUUCGUAAUGGAGGCCAGCUUCGUUCCUCUUACACCUUCUUCCAUGAAGAAGAUUAUUGAGGAAGGUGAACAGGUUAUGGAAACUCAGAACUGUUUUGCUGGACUCAAAGAAUGGCAAAAACCAGCCAAGAAUCUCAUGAUAUAUUCUGCUAAACACUUCAAACCUUUUCUGCCAACCAACCCAGAUUUCAUGAACUCUGUGGGUAAAGUCUACACGCUGUGGGAAGGCAGUAGAUUCCAGUACAUUACUGGACAAAUGCCAAGCAGCAACAGAUAUUUUCCAUCUCUAUUUACAGACAACCAAGCUAUUUUCCACAGUCUCCUUUCUAUGUUUCACCCGCGCCCAUUUCUCCUGUCACGUUUUGAACCACAGGGAGCUGUGGCUUGCAUUAGAGCAUACAAUUCUGAGUUGGUGGACAUAGCUUUUAGAAUACAUGCAGAAUUCCAGCUGAAUGAACGACCAAAUCUUCCAUUUUGGUUCACUCCAGCAUAUUUCUUUGGCAAUCUCAUCAUUAACAAAAAUGCUACGUCUCUCAUGAAGUUCCAUCUUGCUGUACCAACUCACAAUAAACUCAAUGUUGACAUGGAAUGGCUGACAGAUGUGGCUGAUGAAGUCAAUAUGGAAGUCAACAUUGGAUUCCUACCCAAAAUGGAACUGAAGUCCCUCAGCAGAUCUGCUGUUCACACUGACCAAAUUGAUGUGGAAGGUAUUGAUGAGGAGGUUAACAACCAAGAAAUAUCAUCUAUUUCAUGGACGGAAGAAAUCUCCAUGGAAGAAGCAAUGAAAAGUAUGGAAGCCAGAAUGUUUCCUUUUAAGGAAGUCCCUUAUUAUAACUUUACUUCAGCCUUUAAAAAGGCCCAGGCUGAACGGAAAUUAGUUCACUCCAUCGUAUUAUGGGGUGUACUAGAUGAUCAGAGUUGCUGAGGUUCAGGGCGAACCCUGCGAGAGACUGCUCUCCAGAGUUCGCCCGUUAUGUCUUUCCUUAAGGAGCACUUUAUCAGUACUUCUUGCCUUGUUGUUGAUCUUGAGGAUCUGAAGAAAGGCAAAGACGAGGCUGCUAAAGUUGCAACUAUGUUCCUUGAGAAUUAUAAAUUUCCUGUCAUGAUGAUGGUAUCUCUCCCCAAUGGCACUAUCUUGAAUAAAGUAAAUGCCAAUGAUCUCCUUGAUGCUCCAUCUGACUUUUGGAAUAUAGGGUUUCAAAACCCAACCUCCGUGGCUUACUUAAAUUUCUUGAAGACAGGUUUUCAAAGUAGUUUAAAGUACCGUACGAGACCAAACCUAUAACCUGUAAAGUCGGGAAUUGCAGAUUAACAAAUUUAUGUUAUGUUUAUAUCAUUAUUAUUUUAAUUAUAUGAAAUAUAUAUUUUUAUAUAGAAUUCAGCUAAGAACUAAAGCAAGUUCUGUGAUAUGACUUGUUAAAUUUCUUCCAAACCUGCACACAUUUAGUUAUGCACACUCAGUUGAUACCUGAAUGAUGGCACCAAUGUAAAACCUUAAAUGGUAAGUUUGUGCCUGAUGCUGAAAUCUGGGUACAUACUGGAUGUGCACAACUGAACUGAGAAAGAGAAACAAACUCUUAGCUAUAUAUUUAGGUACAUCUUCAAUAGAAGAUUGAGGUUAAUUUUUUUACUGUUGCAAAGUUUUAUAUUGAACUAGUUAAAAUAAAUUUAAUAAAGAUCUGUUUACAUGUAUAUAUUCUGCAGCAUUGGUUACCGUAUCUGUCUCACACAUACUUACCUGUUAUACUCUUUCAGUCUUAUUUUCUCUACAUAAACAACCAGUCACACUUAGACAUACGAAUGCAUAGAGUUAUUCUUUCCCUCAGACACACUCUAUCUUAUUCAUUCCAAUACUCUCACAAAUUAUUUUGAUUUUGUAAAAUGCCAGGCUACUGGUUAGAAGUUCAUAUCUUAACAUCAGUUCUGCAGGGUCUCUUUUGAUAAGGGGGAAAAAAAAACCUGAACUUCCUCUGACCUAGUCUACUUCCUUGCUAUGUUGAUAUUUUGGCCCACAUUAGCAAUGAUCAAAGGCAUUCAAACUUUGACUGUUCCAUCUUUUAUUCACAUGGUGUAUCUAAGACUUAAUUAUCUAAUAUGUCCCAUGUUUGUUUUAAAAAUGAUAUUAGGGUAUUAUUUGAGGGAAGUUUGGUUGCUAUUUCUAGCAGUGUAUUCUUUCUUGAAUCGCUAUUAUAUUAUGAUGAAAUGAUCAAAGGUACCUUUGUAACCCUGUUGACUGAGGUACAUUACUUACACAUACACAAAAGCUGGUAACUAAAAUACAGUAAUCCCAUGACUAUCACAGGUGUUACAUUUCAAAAGCCCCCCCAUGAUAUUUGAAAAUCUGAAAAGUAGAAACAGUACUGUACUGUAUAUUUUUUAAAAUUAUUUUUCUAAUUUGUAUAUAUUUAUUUUAUUAUAAAUGCAAAACAACACCAUGGAAGAAUCAACAUAAGCUUAAAUAAUAAACCGUGAUAUGGCGAAGGAUUACUGUACUCUUAUUCUGGCACAAAAGAAAUAGCUAAAAGCUUUUAUCUUUCAAGGCUUUUAACUGCAUUUAAAGGCAAGUCUUGGAUGUGAGUGAAAUCUAGCAGCUGUUGCCAGAAAUGUGGCACAAAUGAAUCCAAAGACCCAGUCUUCAUGAUGUGGUUAAUAAUAUACAAACAUACACUAUCUUACAUACAUAGUUAAAGUUCACAUACAUAAUUCAGUCAUUAUUUAAAGGGUUUUGCUUCUCUCUCUGUAGCCUGGGACUCUGUAAGGAUCUUCAUGAGAGAUUUGGAACUCAGUAUUUCAAUCUGACAAAACUCUCAUUGUUCUUCAUACUCAAAUAGAAAGCAAAUCCCAAAAUAUUAGAUUCUGCAAUUGUCACAUUCAUUAAACUUACCUGUUGAUUAAUUGAUCCUAAUACAGACCACCUCAAUCAAUAUACAGUGUUGCUGUCAUUUGUAGCAAGGAGUACCACAUCAUGAUACCUAUUCACAUAAGUAGGAUUGAAUGGGAUAAAUGUCUUAGUUCUAGACCUCAUGCAGUACUCCUGACAGGAUAUAAACAUCCUAUUAUUGGAUAGUCGGGCACAUUUGUAAACUUCUCAUUUGGACAUACAAACUGUAAAUUUUCAUAUGGAAUUCAUUUAAAAUAUCUACUGAAAAAUUUUCACCAGUAAAUUGUAUAUAUUUAUAUAUACAUACAUACCUGUACACAAUGGGCUUCCACACAGUUUCUAUUAAGCAAAUUUGUCUCUGAAAUUAUCAGUGAACCCCAAAUUAUGGUAAAAUACACUUGCCUGAAGUGCGCAUCACUUUGGGCGUUAAGUUUGAUAAAACAUGGUUGUGAAGUGAACUGUUUGACCCCACAACUAGGCCAGAAUCCAUAUAAUUGUCUCUCUUACACCUGCAUGCAUACACACUCACUGACCUUCAUUUCUAGUUAAAUGAGGCUUACCUAGUUAAGUUCCAAUUCAUGAAUGGAUUAGGAAAAUUUAAAUAGAACAUGGGAUAAAUUACUCCAUCAUUACAUUUCCAGAAGUUCAAAAUUAUAUUUGGUACCAAUAUUUGAGUUUGUACAUAUUGGAACCACUUUGAAUUUGUUGUUUGAAUACAGUAGAUUGGGGAAACUUCCUUUCUUGACCUUGAUAUUACACUGGAUUAAAAAUCAAAAGUUCACAUCCCACUGCAUUUGAUUUUAAAAUAUAAAACCUGUAAAAUUCUCAGCCAAUCCUUCUCAUUUGCCAAAAGUGUCUUGAACGUAAUUCAAACGAAAUGUUUAUACAAAGAGUGUCAAGUUUUCCUUUUUCAGUUUUCUUUUUUUUUUUUUAACUGUAAAGAUUCUGACAAAGAAACACUUAUGUAAUCCCAUUAAAAAUAAAUAAAUUUUGUUAUCUCUU